AUGGUCCGCUGGCGGCUCUGCCUGGCCGGGCUCCUGCUGCUCCAGGGCUGCGGGCUGGGCUGCCCCUUGGAGCUGGCAUUCCUGCUGGAGACGGCGGACGUGAUCCCGGUGCGGGAGCAGCCCCUGGUGCUGCACUGCUGGGUGGAGGGGCAGCGGCCCAUCACCAUCACCUGGCACAAGGACGGGGCCAUGCUGGGCAGUGACAGCCACACGGCCAUGCUGGCCAAUGGCUCGCUGCACAUCGAGAGCUUCCGCCACCGGUCUGGUGCCGGGGCCACCAACCAGACCAGCGUCGGGGAGUACAGCUGCACCGCCCAGAACCGCAACGGGCUGCUGGUCAGCCGCAAGGCCUGCGUGCAGCUUGCCAGUGAGUCGAGGACAGGCCCAGCCCGUGGUGCCACCUGCCCCAGACCAGCCUGUGCACCAGGCCCAGCCCGUGCACCAGCUCAUGACCGAGCCCGUGCACCAGGCCCGGCCCAGCCCACGGCCCAGCCCAUGAUCCGGCCCUUGAUGCCACCAGCCCAUGACCUGGCUCUUGGUGCCACCAGCCCACAGUUCACCCUGCUGCCGGCUGGCAUCCUGCACAUCACGGGUGUGCGGCGAGCCGAUGUGGGCGCCUACCGCUGCGUGGCCAGCAACAUCGCCAACAGCCACUGCAGCCAGGAGGCCCAGCUGGCCAUCAGUAAUGAGUCCCCCAAACUCUACAAGGAGCCCAUGAUCCUGUCGGGUCCCCAGAACCUGACCAUCAUGGUGCACCAGACAGCUAUCCUGGAGUGCAUCGCCACCGGCAACCCGUGGCCCAUCGUCUCCUGGAGCCGGCUCGAUGGACGCUCCAUCGGCGUGGAAGGGAUCCAGGUGCUGGGAACCAGCAACCUCAUGAUCUCGGACGUCUCCAUGAAACACACCGGGGUCUACGUGUGCGCUGCCAACCGGCCGGGCACCUGCGUGCGCCGCACAGCCCAGGGCAUCCUCAUGGUGCAGGCCCCCCCGGAGUUCGUGCUGUGGCCCCAGUUGGUGUCCAAGCCGCUGGGCAGCAGUGCCAGCUUCACCUGCAUGGCACAGGGCGUCCCUGAGCCCCACCUUGUCUGGCUGAAGAACGGCAAGAUCCUGACGCCGGGAGAGAACAUCAAACUCACCCACAAUAACAGCACCCUGCUGCUCCAGGGGCUCGCGGCAGGGGAUGAAGCGAUCUACCAGUGCAUCGCUGAGAACAGCGCGGGCACCAACCAGGCCAGCGCCCACCUGGCUGUCACCCUGGCCCAGGAGCUGCCCAGCUCCCCCGGGGGCGUCCAGGCCACCGCGCUCUCCACCACCUCCAUCCAGGGGUCCUGGCAGGAGCCCCCCCCAGAGGUGACCGAGGGGCUCAUCGGAUAUGUGCUGCAUGUCCGCAGGGCGGGAUCUGCCAGCCGGGAGCUGCAGGAGGCCGUGAGCAAAACCACCUUCCAGCACCUCGUCACCAGCCUGGCGCCUGCCACCACCUACCACAUCCGCCUCCACGCCUACUCGCCGCUGGGGGCCAGUCAGGACUCAGCGCCCGUCCUGGCCACCACCAUGGGCAGCAACGCUGACCCCGUGUGCCACUGUUGGCCGGGGGAGGAGAGCUCACUGGCCGGCGUCGUGGUGGGCGUCCACAUCGGCAUGGCCUGCAUCAUCUUCUGCCUCCUCUUCCUCAUGUUUGGCUACUGCAGGUGCCUGUUCUGCAGGAACAGGGCUCAGGACGGCUGGACAGUGCCCCGGGGAGCAGAGCUGGCCCAGCCCGGUGCCCCCCACAGCCUGUGCACCAAGCUGGGGGAGGACAAGCCAGUGGAGAUGGCGCCCACUCCCAGAUACAGUGAGAACACGCUGGAGGAGGAAGGCAACGACUGGCUCCCAGCUCCCGAACAAGUUUAG